AAACUAGUCGUUGUUUGUUUCCUACAUGCUUCCCAUGAGACAUCUACUAUUCUUUGGGCGAAUAUUCCGUUGCCGCUGCUGCCGGUAGGUGGAUCGGCAUUGGUGGUGCUGCAGCUCCCCUCGAAUCGGGUGGAUUCCAACCCCACCCCGGAUUGCCGUCCUCCGCCGGCUCCUGAUGUCCACGGAAUGUGCCGCCCUCCGCCGCGGGAAAUCGCCGCCGAAGGUCGCUCGAUCCGCUUUUCUGGGUUCCAUUUUCUAGCGUCGUAGGGGACUCUUCUUUUCAGGAGAUGGUGGACUCGGUGGAUGUGGUGUUGGAAUUCUUUAGGAAGAAUCGGUUUGCGAAGGCUGAGGCUGCUCUGCGAGGGGAGCUCAACGCGCGGUCAGAUUUGAACGGGUUUCUUCAGAAGCACCUAGCCGACGAGAAAGAAGCGGGAAGAGCCGUUGAAGAGGUUAGCAGUGUAUGGCAGCAAAGCGCGAGCACACGGAAUGCGGAGAGUUCGAAAGAGUUCAUUGUCAAGGAGAUUGAAGUAGGCGGCAUCGGGAAUGGGUUCGACAGCAAGAAGAGUUUUGGUUCUUCUCAGGGUAGGGACACGGGCUCGGUAGAUCUGUACCCAUGGAAUUUUAGUUCCACUAGCAGCAUUUCUAAUUCAGCUUCAAAAGAGGUUGGUGCCACUGUCAACAAUUUUGCUCACCUCCUGAUACCAGAACAACCAAUGCAUCGACACAGUUCUUUUGCAUUAGAGAAGAGAGAUCGUGCUGUUGGAACUGAGCCUGAUCAGCCAUUGGAGCAAAGGGUUUCUUGUGCUAAGGGCAAAGACAAAGCUGCAGUUGAAGUGACGCCUGAUAUUAACCUAGAUAGCGAUUGUGAGGAUAAAAAUGCAUAUUCUCGAGACCAUUUUCUCAAUGACCUGUGGGUGAAAAAUGAGGACCCAUUGAAGGGAUGCACCGCGGAGACGGUUUUUCCAUAUCCCUUGGAUAAUGCAGCCUCCAGAAAGUCAGGGAAGUCUCAAGAAAGUGCAGAACAGAACUUUGAUCUACAGGUAACUAGUGAAAAUUACAGGGAGGAACUACCAAGACUGCCUCCUGUACGGCUUAAGUCUGAAGACAAGUUAAUUAAUAUUCAGUGGGAUGAAAAGCCUAAUUGCCAUGGAUCUGAAAUUAAGCUACACAAUGGCAAUAAUGCCUUUAUGAAUGGGUCUUACCUUGAUGUGCCAGUUGGGCAGGAGAUUAACUCUUCAGGUGGCAGGCGAAACAUUGGAAGUAGUUGGUUGUCUGUAAGUCAAGGUAUUGCUGAGGACACUUCUGAUUUGGUAUCUGGUUUUGCUACUGUUGGUGAUGAAUCUAUUGACUAUCCAAAUGAAUAUUGGGAUUCUGAUGAGUAUGACGAUGAUGAUGAUGUUGGAUACACAAGGCAGCCCAUCGAAGAUGAAACCUGGUUUCUAUCACAUGAAGUUGAUUAUCCAAGUGAUAACGAAAAAGGGACAGGUUGUGGAAGUGUGCCUGAUCAUCAGGACCAGGCUUCCAAAAAGGAUGAAGAUGAUGGUCAUUCUUUUGCUGACUCAUACUUGUCUGGCGAGCAGUAUUUCCAGACAAAAAUUGCUGAACAAGUUUCUAUUUUCGAGGGCCCCAUGUGUGAUAGGAUGCCAAAAAUGCAUAGGAGAACAGAUGAGAACAGUCUAAUAGGUCAUUAUGAUGAGCAAUUGAUAGAUGCUGAAGAACCAAGUUUGAUGCAUUCAAAACCUGUUUGGCAGGGUUUUGUUGGACAACACAAUGAAAUAUUGAUGUCAGCAAAUGGGAAAGGCUCACCUGGGGUUGAAUCAAGUUCACAGGAGAAUCCUCUUGUAGAAGAUGGUCAGCAUGUCUCAGUCAGGUCAAUUGGCGUGGGCAUAAAUAGUGAUGCUGCUGAAUUUGGCAGUGAAGUUGAUGAGCAUUUCAUCAGAGGAAGUAGUGAAGUGGACAUAAAAUACUUCCCUGAUCGUGAUGUCAGUGCAAGCGGCAGAAGGUAUCCUCAAAAUGGUUCCACUGGUAGUGAUUUGAAUAGGAGAAAGAGGGAAAAGAUGAAACAAAAUAAAGAGGACAGUUACAUUAUUGCAUAUAAAAAGAAUGCAAGCCAUGCUGGAGCAAUCUCUGAUGGGGGCUUUUCCUUCUCACCUUCUCUGAAAAAUGGGGGCAUGCUGGAUGCUGAUCUGGGCAAAUCAUUGUGGUCAAGCAAAGCCAGUGCUGUAGCUGGUAAUAGUGCUGAUGAAUGUGCGAAUGGUACAGUUACAGAGGACAUGCUCCCCACUUGGAGGAAAAAAAGCAGUGAUUCUUCUCCUGUAAGGAGUUCCACAUAUGAGAAAACAUCUGAUGCUGCUAGAUCAAGAAACUCAAGUCCAUCAUCAGCCUUAAACUAUGGUUAUAUAGAUAGAGAGCGGACUGGUAAAGGGCACACUAGAGCAGGUGAAACGAGGGAAGAAGACCCUGAGGCAACACCAGAAGACGAAGAAAUAGCUGCAUUGCAGGAACAAGUAAGACAGAUAAAAGCUCAAGAGGAAGAAUUUGAGACCUUCCAUCUUAAGAUAGUGCAUCGAAAAAACAGAACUGGCUUUGAAGAAGACAAAAAUUUCCAGGUGGUUCUGAACUCUGUCAUUGCUGGACGCUAUCAUGUUACCGAGUACCUAGGUUCCGCUGCAUUUAGCAAAGCUAUUCAAGCACAUGACUUGCAAACUGGCAUGGACGUGUGCGUGAAAAUUAUCAAGAAUAACAAAGAUUUCUUUGAUCAGAGUCUGGAUGAAAUCAAGCUUCUGAAAUUUGUCAAUAAGAACGAUCCUGCUGACAAGUAUCAUAUUCUACGCCUGUAUGAUUAUUUCUAUUGUCGGGAACACUUGUUGAUAGUUUGUGAACUUCUCAAGGCCAACUUAUAUGAAUUUCACAAGUUUAAUAGGGAAUCUGGAGGGGAGGUUUAUUUCACAAUGCCGAGGCUGCAGUCAAUUACAAUUCAAUGUCUGGAGGCACUUCAGUUUUUGCAUGGCCUUGGUCUUAUUCAUUGUGAUCUGAAACCUGAGAAUAUAUUAAUAAAGAGCUACAGUAGGUGUGAAGUUAAAGUCAUUGACCUUGGUAGUAGCUGCUUUGAGACAGAUCAUUUAUGUUCCUAUGUGCAGUCACGAUCCUAUCGCGCCCCUGAGGUUAUUUUGGGGCUCCCAUAUGAUAAAAAGAUAGACAUAUGGUCGCUGGGAUGCAUCUUGGCUGAACUUUGCACCGGAAAUGUUCUUUUCCUAAAUGACUCUCCUGCAACGCUUCUGGCACGUGUGAUUGGAAUCAUUGGUCCCAUUGACCAAGGGAUGCUUUCAAAGGGACAUGAUACAUACAAAUAUUUUACAAAAAACCACAGGUUAUAUGAAAGGAAUCAGGAAACCAAUAGGCUAGAGUACUUGAUUCCAAAGAAGACAUCAUUAAGUCACCGGCUGCCAAUGGGUGAUCAAGGCUUUAUUGAUUUUGUUGCUUAUAUUCUUGAAACAAAUCCAAAGAAGCGGCCGAGUGCCUCAGAAGCACUGAAGCAUCCAUGGCUUUCCUAUCCUUAUGAACCAAUAUCAUCUUGAGUUCUAUUCGAUUCGCGCCUCCUAAUCUGCCGGGUGGCCAUCUAGCACACUGAGCAGCUAGAUUAGCAUACGGAAAUAAACCGUGGUGCACUCGAGAAGCUUGAAAUCUCAUUCCAAGUGGCCAACAGCACUUCGGAGUGGAGUUCCAUUGUAAUAUAAUUUGUUUUGCGUCUUAAGCCACAAUGUAAUUGUCAUGCACACUCUGUGAUGCCUCAUCUGUGAAAAGGACCAUGCCUUGUUGUAUAUGAUGCGAUUAUUAUUGAGGCCCUAUGAAAUGUUUGGUUC